UUUUAAUGGAUUUUUUUUAACAUAUAAAUAAGUUUUAAAAGCCUAAAGGACCAUUUCUGCCUUUCUUUUAAAAGUCCAUAAGGGGGUUGUAAAGGUUUAAGUUAACUAUUAUAAAAUCUUUAUAAUUCAGGGACCAUAAGUGUCAGCUUGAUGAAACUUUCAAAACAGAAAUGUUGUUCAUCUCUUUUGUCGACAUGUUCGGAUCAUCAAAGAUCCACCAAAUCACGUUCAUCAUAUGAAGCGAAAUCGUGUUUCCCAAACUUGGAAUCCUGAACCGAGUCGCAUAACCGAACCAUUUAUACGCAAACUCAGUAGUCAAAUCGCCAUAUUUCGAACAAAAUCUCUUAAUUUCGGAAGUUAUUACAAAAAAAAAAAAAAAAAAAAAAAACCGAAUCAAACUUCGAAUCGACCAUAUUAAUUAUCAAAAUUGUAUAUAUACACAACCUAUAAUCGAUCUGCUAGAUGUGUACCCCCAUUCAAAUCACUCAAGGAGCCUCAUCGGAAAAUUUCCUACUCUCCAGUCACCUUGUAAUACAAACAAUUGCUGCGCAACCGGUGAGUAUUUUGUAUGCAUUCAGAUACAACCAUGGCGCUCAUCAACAGAGCUGGUAGUAUACUAAGGCAGACCGUGAGUAAGCACAUCAAUAAUGAAAUCUCAAUGGCAAGUCCAUAUAUCUGUCAAAUGACACGAUGCAUGAGUUGGAAAGUCUUUGUGGGAGGAUUGGCAAGGGCUACAAAUGAUACAAGCUUGCGAGAAGCUUUUAGCCCAUACGGGGAAGUCUCUGAAGCUAGAGUAAUCACAGAUAGAAAAACUGGCAGGUCUAGAGGUUUUGGCUUUGUUACUUUUACGGACUAUGACGCUGGCAAUGAUGCAAUCGAUGAUAUGGAUCAGUGGGAGUUGCAUGGUCGAACGAUAAGUGUGUGUUGGGCCAACAAAAGACCAUGACGUGGUGGUCGUCCUCGUACAAGGAAGCUACAGGGACAUUGACGAGUGUUGAAUCUGCUAUAUUAUGCAGGCGUUUAUUUUCCGAAUGUUGAAUCUGCAAUAUGCAAACUUUAUUUAUGCCUGUAACCUGUAAGCUACAGAGACAAUUAGUGUUCUUGGGGUUAACAGGAUAUAACGAUUCGUUCCUUUUCGAGCAAAGACUUUUUUCUUUAUAAA